AGAGAGUAGUGGUGGUGGAGGGGUGGGGGGAGCGAUCUGGACACUCCCAGACAGAGAGUCAGAGAGUCAGUGGAAGUGCAGCAGCCACUUCUCUCCGGAGCGCUAACUCACUCUCAUCAGCAUCCUCACCGCAGGUUCCGUUUCGGAGCUCUUAAACGUGCAAAGAUGUUCUACUUUCACUGUCCGCCUCAGCUGGACGGAGAAUGCUGUCGCUCCAACACGCUGAAUUCAGGCGGAUUUGGCAACCAUGCUCCGACUGAUUUUGAUGAUGGAUUUCUCCGAAGGAAACAGCGCAGAAACAGAACAACAUUUACUUUGCAACAGCUGGAAGCUUUGGAGGCUGUUUUCGCCCAGACCCACUACCCGGACGUGUUCACGCGGGAGGAGCUCGCGAUGAAGAUCAACCUGACCGAGGCCAGGGUGCAGGUUUGGUUUCAGAACCGCAGAGCAAAGUGGAGGAAGACAGAACGAGGAAGCUCAGACCCUGAAGGAGGGAAAGAGCAGAUGAGUGAGGGCACUCCUCCAUCUCGCAGCAUCAACUCUCAGUCCCCAGUGGAUCAGGGCAGAAAACAGAAAGAACCACUGGAGAUGCAGCCAAGUAUCAACAGGACAGUGGGUCCUGGUGGUCCGUUCUUUCCAUCUUGCCUACCAGGCACCCUCCUUAAUUCUGCCACCUACGCCCAGGCUCUCUCACAGGUCGCCACUCUGAAAGGUAAUGGCUUAUGCUCCUGCUGUGUUUCGGACCCCAUGGGCUUGUCCUUCCUACCACCCUAUGGUUGUCAGGGCAACCGCACAGCCAGCGUGGCCGCCCUGCGCAUGAAGGCCCGUGAGCACUCCGAGGCUGUACUGCAGUCUGCCAACCUGCUUGGUGCAGCAACCGGUCCCGGUGCCAGCGUUGGAGUCCUGUCUGGAGUUGGCGUGAGCGCAGCCGGGGUGGUAAGACCCUCGGUGGGUCCUCCCAUUGAGGUGUCGGGCACCGUCGGAAGAGGGGGAGAUAGCUCCAGUCCCACCUUGGCCUCUAAGGUCCCAGUCCUGGGAAGCAGUCCUGACAAGCACCCUCACUGCCCCAAGGAACCACUGGAGAAAAAGUGAGGUGCUGGACACAAACUUGGAUGUACUGAUGCUCUAAAUCUGUGUGACUGUGCCUGCUCUAACUACUCUACUCUGGUCAUAUGAGAAACUAAGCACAAACGACUGACUCCAGAAACAGCCUGGGACAGACUUUUCUGAUAUCGCACUGUAUGGAUGCAAACAUUUAAAUAUUUAUUUGACAGUAAGUUACGAUUGUGAGAAAUGCUCAGUAACUGGGGCCUUGUUCCCCUCAUAAAAGCACAACUGUGGUUUUGGAUCUAUUAUCUGUCUUCAUGCACUCUUGGACUCUUUUGAUGGACUAACAUAAAUACAAUAUGUGUGCAGCAAAGACAUAUUUGAUAAUGUGAAUUUAAAUAAUCCCGAUGUUGUCCCUCUCAUUUUCAUUAGGAGGGCUGGUGGUUACAUUGUAAACAUUAAUGCAUGUAAACUGUAAGUGUACAAGUGAUGGCAGGACAGCGAGGAUUUUUGCAGGAUUUGGGGCAAAAUAAUGUUUAUGGUUUCAGGUCAAACAAUCACCUCUCGUUCUUUUGAGUUUAAAGUGAAAGUGCACUUUAAUAUUAAUCAGCCAUUCUAACUGUAAAUGUGUACAUGUGCCAGACUACUGUAUGCUCACGUGUGACCCACAGGCAGGCUGAAGCAGACUCAGUGAGAGAGCGGCAGUUGUCCCUUCCACUCGGUUAGCACAUCUGUAGUGGCAGGAGACAGGGAACACACCGCUCCUGUUGUGACAUGUUCUUUAAAACAAUUAAAGAUGUACUCGCUCAUGUACCUCUCCUGUUGCCUCUCGCUC